AUGUCCUUCGACGAAAACCUCCUCAGCCCAAGGGGCCUGCUUGUGAACAACAACUCGAGCUUUGUUUGCGAUGGGCCAAACUUCUCGAAGCUGCAGCAGGCGACACAAGCAACUCUGGAUUUACCAUAUGAUGACCAAGGGAUGAGCUAUGUAGUUGGAUUUACUGACAAGGGAACACAGGAGUUAUACUCCGAUAUACUCAUCCCUGCCAUGAAUGACUUUUACAAGAUUACGAACCAGUCUAUGGCUCUUGAGAGUGGAUAUCGUUCUGUGGGAGAUGUCUGCAAAGCCAUAAUAGAACUCUCAGCUGCAGCCCCGGCAGAUUAUGAUGCGAUAUUUGAUGCGCUUGAGAGGCUCUACGAGGAUGAAUCAGACAAUGGCAGCCUCCGCGACGAAGUCCAGGCGAAAAUGAAAGAACGAAUAGAUAAACUAAAUUCCUUAUCAAACUUGGCCACAGAUGUAACUGACAACCUGAGAGAUGCUAUUGGAAACGUUACUGAGGCGCAAAUUCUGGUCAAACAAAUUGGUACUGCCUUGGACAGUCAAAGCAUCAUCGAUCGACUUCGUGAAUGCCAUCAGGGUGAUAAUGACUCGGAGGACUUCGAUAUUGACUGUAAUGCGGUGAGAAUUCUCAAGGGGAUAAUCGAUAAACAAAAUAUGCAAGACGACUCAGGUGGUUCAAUGGAGAACUUGCAGCACGCCGCGCCGCAGUCGACAUCUGGAAUGAUCUCACGGCAUUGUCUACCUUUGUGGCGGAAAAUACAGAGCCUGGGCCUCAACCUCUUUUGA